CGAAAGGACGAAAAUCCAAAUCGAUAUAUAAUUAAACAUGAUGUUAAGUAUAUUAUCAUUUUGGAAAUUAUUCCAAACAACAUGAGGCUUUAUAGUAACUUCGUUCUUAUUUGUCAUCUUUAUUUUACAGUUUUUUAUACUUAUAAAUUAGAAGAGACAAGACCACAUUUAAUAUUUGCUGAUUCUACAGAAAUAAACGCAAUUGAACUGGAAACUUGGACAAAUAUAACUCUACUCGAUGAUUUAAAGGGAGCUAGAUCUGUAGACUACCAUUAUGAAAAAGGUUUGAUUUUCUGGACAGAUGUCAUCGGAAGACACAUAUCAGUUACAGGAAUAACCAAUGACUUAUUACGAAAGAAUGAAGCUAUUGUUAGAACUAAGAUGGGUGUCAGUUUUGGAAUGGCUGUGGACUGGAUUAAUGACCAUAUUUACUGGACGGAUGAAACCUUUCAGAGUGUGCAUGUCUCUAAUCUUCAAGGUGAAAAUCGCAGAACACUGAUUGAAAACGAGAUAGAAAAUCCGAGAGGUAUAUCACUUUCUCCAUCGGAUAGAAUCCUUUUCUUUUCUGAUUGUGGGAGUACCUAUCCAAGGAUAGAGCGGUGUGGUUUAGAUGGCAAAGACAGAGAAACCAUAGUUUCAAAUGUUGGAGCACCUAUUAGUUUAACAAUAGACCAUAAAGUGAAAAGAAUUUACUGGACUGAUAGACUACAGAAAGGGAUAUAUUCAGCCAAGUUUGAUGGUAGUAGCAUCAAAACUGUCAUGAAAAAUUCGAAUUAUUUGGCUGAACCUUAUGGAAUUGCUGUUCACAAAGACAAAGUAUACUGGACAAAUUGGAGAAACGGAGAAAUAUUGCGGACUGAUAAGUAUGCUAGCUACGAAGUUGAAAAGGUAUUUUCGAGCGCUUUAAACUAUCCCAUCGGCCUGGUAGUAUAUGACAACACUAAACAACAAACAUGGGCUAAUAAUAAAUGUGGCUCAACUAAUGGUGGCUGUUCACAUUUAUGUCUACCGUCGGCUCCAUGGUCUGACAACAUACUUGGGUAUUCAUGCACUUGUUCUGAUGGUCAUUUGCUUGAAAAUGAUAAAAAGACAUGUUCAUAUAAUGGAAGGAAUGUUAAGAUAUUACAUACAGAGGAAGGGACAAUUUCUGAAACAGACAUUGAUUCGGGUCAUCGAAAUACCCUGUCUGUAAUGUCUACUUCAAAACUGGUAGGAAUUGACUAUGACUACGAUCGAGAUCUGAUGUUUUGGACAGAUAGUUACAAUCAAAACAUUUAUGUCUAUUUUCUCAAUUUCAUUGGCAAGUCGACGGCGGGAUUUGGAUUAAAACGUUUGCUGCCAGAUCUUUUCUACACACCAGAUAGCAUAGCUGUAGAUUGGAUAUAUAAACAUAUAUACUGGACUGAUCUAUCUGAUCGGCAGAUACAUGUCUGUGACUAUUAUGGUGUAUAUAGGAAAACAUUUGUGACCAAAGAAUUAAAAUAUCCUGAUGCCCUAGCCUUGUCUCCAAAGGAUGGGUUGAUGUUUUUUUCGGAUUUUGAUUCAAUAUUUGGUGGUAAAAUCUUACGAUCUGCUAUGGAUGGAAGUGAUCGAAAGACUAUCAUAAACAAAGGAGUUAAUGAAGUGUUUGGUAUAGCUGUUGAUCAACAAGGUCGUCGGAUAUACUGGACAGAUGCUUCUUUAGAAACAAUUAAAUCUGCAACAUUUGAUGGGACAGAUGUGCAUACAAUUAUAACGUUCACCGAGGAAUCGUCACCCAAUCCUUAUGGCAUAGACGUUUUUGGGGAAUUGAUAUAUUGGACAAAUGAUAAAGACCGAAGUAUCUAUACUGUACACAAAUAUACGGGUAUAGAUACGAAACCAUUUCUGACAAACCUUGAUAAUCCAAAACAUAUGAAGAUAGUUUCAAAGGAAUCACAAAAAGAAGGAUUAAAUAGGUGUGGGGAAAAUAAUGGACACUGUGAUCAUCUUUGCUUACCGGUUCCUGUUACACCACUUACAUAUAAAGGAUACACAUGUGCGUGCUCAGAUGGCUUUCUGCUAGAAGAUAAUGUACAUUGCAUUCUGAAAGAGUCCGCACCAUUGGUAAAAGAUGAGCUGUGA